AUGAGAUUAAGGACCUAUUGUCUCGUAAGUCAGAAAAGACAACGGAAGGGAUGGCAACGACACGAUCAUCAUCAACAGGCAGUGGGAAACUUAAAACAGUCGGAACAAAAACAACAAGAAAUACGACCACUGCCACCAUGCCUGCUAUCACUACGCUUACUCCGUCGACGACCAAAUCCACCACCACUACCACCACCGCCGCCACCACCACCACAACAACAACAACAACAAAAACGACAACUUCGACGACUUCAACAACUACUAGUGCGACAACCACAACAAAAACUCCCGUAUCGACUUCCUUAA